AAACAAUCCUCAAACAGUUCACUUUCUAAAUGUUUACUGGAAUAGUUCAACAAUCACACAGGUACAGGUCAGGGUCAGGUACCAGUGAAUAAAAGACAAUCUAAUCCAGGUUUCUCUAUGUUAAUGUGAUCUUUAAAGCAAGACUUUACUCUGAAUGUUUCUGGAGAUGAACCUAAUGCAUUUCCUGGUCAGGUAUCUCUAUAUGAAUGAGAAAAUCACAUACGAAAUCUUCAUAGUGAAACUUCUUUUCUUUAGUUUUUGUAUUCCUCUUCUACAAUCUGCCUGUCAUAUUCAUUAUUGUUUAAUCUGUGACAACAUUAAUGGAUGAUCAAGUAAAUAUAACAUAUAUAACUAUUGAUGGGUAUGUGGAAGUUCACAAAUACAGAUAUCUUUAUUUUGUGAUCAUGUUCACUGCAUAUACAUUAAUAAUCUGCAGUAAUUCUACUAUUGUGUGUCUGAUCUGGAUUAACCAAAACCUCCAUGAGCCUAUGUACAUUUUUAUUGCAGCUCUGUUAAUCAACUCUCUUCUUUACAGCACUGCUUUCUACCCAAAGCUUUUAUUUGAUGUUUUAUCAGAAAAACAGAUCAUAUCAUAUUCAGCCUGUGUCUUUCAAUGGUUUGCAUAUUACUCUCUAGACUGUUCAGAGUUCUUACUGUUGUCAGCCAUGUCUUAUGACAGGUAUGUAUCCAUAUGUAAACCUCUGCAAUAUCCAACUAUCAUGAAGAAAAGAACAGUCUAUAUUUUGUUGGUUUUAUCUUGGCUUGUGCCUGUUUGUCAGCUUGCAGUGCCAGCAGUACUGAAUGCUAAUGUAAAACUCUGUAACUUUAAUUUCAAAGGAAUAAUUUGUAACAGCACAGUUAACAAACUUCAUUGUGUGAGUUCAAGAGCGAUGACUAUAUAUGGCUUGAUUGUUUUUUCAAAUGCUGUAGUUCUUCCUGUGCUUUUUAUAUUGUUUACAUAUACAAAGAUCUUUAUAAUAUCCCAUCAAAGUUGUAGAGAAGUCAGGAGAAAAGCUGCACAGACCUGUUUACCACACUUAAUAAUUUUAAUCAAUUUUUCCUGUUUGACUGGAUAUGAUGUACUUCUACUGCGACUGGAAACUGAGUUCCCCCAAACUGUACGUUUAAUAAUGACUUUACAAAAAAUUUCGUAUCAUCCUCUCUUCAAUCCGAUCAUAUAUGGACUGAAAAUGAAAGAAAUCUAUAAACACCUCAAGAGGUUGUUCUGCAAAAUAGUCUAAAGUAGGAACAAUGUAACUGUACAGUCAUAAUAACUUAUGUGAUUUUAUGUGAUUUCUGUGAUCCUUUAAAGGUAUUUAAUGUGAGUGUGUGUGUGUGUGUGUGUGUGUGUGUGUGUGUGUGUGUGGAUGUUUCCGUAACAGUAGUGCAGAGCAAGAGCAUCAUCAGUUUCAUCAAUGUAAUGAUUAAUGUCUGAGCAACUGGCUGCAGUUUUUCAAAAACCCUGGAUAGGUCAUGCAUACUGCAGAGCUUCAUUGUGAGGCCAACGUUUUUCUGCUAGUGCCCUUCAUUAGGGUGACUUUGCUAAUAUGGCAUUAAAUUUCUCUUUCUUUGACUGACUGCAGAACAACAGAACCCUGCUACCACCAAUGUCUUUCAUACUGGAAUCAUUUUCUUCUGAGUGUACUGUUGAAGUUCAUCGUGCUCAUAAAGUGAACAUGACAAAUUAAAUGCCUGUCUAAAAAGCAGGUCUCAACUGUGAUUUGGAGUUUAUUGAAAUAAUUACAGCAAACAAAUAAACAACAUAAAUAAUGA